UAUAAAGACUCAAAGAUGCAAAUUUGGUAUGAGGUGCAAGUUCAAUCAUCCGAAGGAAAAACUGGCUGCUGUUGUUGCUUCAGAAAAUGCUGAUGUUUUUGCCUUACCUGAGAGGCCUUCUGAGCCCCCAUGUGCUUUCUACUUGAAAACGGGGCAAUGUAAGUUUGGUGCAACCUGCAAAUUUCAUCACCCAAAAGAUAUCCAGAUACCAUCAGCCGAGCAAGAGAAUAAAAUUGGAGAAACUGGGACAACUAUUCAGCCGGAGGGAACUGGAUUUGGUGUGAAGCUUCCUGUUUCAUUCAGCCCUGCACUAUUAUAUAACUCCAAGGAGCUUCCUGUAAGACCGGGUGAACCCGAUUGUCCAUUCUACCUGAAAACUGGAAGUUGCAAGUAUGGGGCCACUUGCCGCUACAAUCAUCCUGAUAGAUAUGAUUUUUGUGCAGCAAUCAAUCCACCAGUUGGUGCAAUCAGCCAUCCCAUUGUAGCCCCUCCGGCAGCUGGUCUGAACAUAGGAGUUAUUAAUCCAGCUGCCUCCAUUUAUCAAACUUUGGCUCAGCCAACGGUGGGAGGGGGCCAAACUGUGUAUCCUCAACGCUUUGGACAGAUUGAAUGCGAUUACUAUAUGAAGACGGGGGAAUGUAGGUUUGGCGAACAAUGCAAAUACCAUCACCCAAUUGAUAGGUCAGCAGUGGCCCUGUCAACAACAAAACCAGUUCAACAACAAAAUGUUAAGCUAACUCUUGCUGGACUACCUAGGAGAGAGGGUGUUGCUAUCUGUGUGUAUUACCUGAAAACUGGCACAUGCAAGUAUGGUGCAACCUGCAAAUUUGACCACCCACCUCCUGGCGAGGUUAUGGGCAUGGCAGCAUCACAAGGAACAACCGGAGGGGAAGCAAAACCAGACGAGUUCACACAGGAACAGCAGCAGUGAGGUCUCUAGCAUGAAUAACUUUGGGAGUUAUUUUGUUGAUCUCUGUUGCCAUGCCCUGUUUCACACUAUUCUUCUCGAGCCAUUGUUGGCACAGUACUUGUAUGAGUUGUCUAAUUAGCUAUUCUUUGUGUUCUGUUUUGCUUGUAUGGUGCAAGUCUUUACCGAUUGAAUAACCGAAGCGUUUUUCGUUCUUCAGUAAUUUUAGCCUGUCUCUGCAAUACCGUC